AUGGCACAAUAUAUUGAGAUAGUUCGUAAUGAAAUAUCUUAUGUUGAUCAACUCUUAGAAUCUGUGCCUUUUACACCAGGAUAUACUCCGAGCCAAGAUUUUUUAAAUAUCUAUACAUUAAAUUAUGAGAAGAUGAAUAAACUAAGUCAAAACACUUCAAAAUUUCCGAUUGAUGCUAAUAGGUUACUUAAACUUGGGAUAUCUUUGGGAAACCUCAUCAAAUCCCUCCAACAAGAUGAGCAAUUUGUUCAACAAAAACAAACACAACAACUGAAUAUCAUGAAUAGCAUGGCUUCUCCAAGAAACAAACCCAUGAUAAGACCCGAUGACAGUAAUCCAUUUACCGAAAGGUCAAAGCCGGUGCCAAGCCUUCCUCAACAACCUGCCUACCAAAUCAAAUUCAUGAAAAACCUCUUGAUAAUUUUAAAAAAUUUUAAUAUUGGCUACUCACGAUAUCCUUCAACUGGUAGUUUAAGGUUCAAAGGUCUGGAUGGCUCUUUGAAUCAAUCAAGCUCUACUUUGAAUUCAAAUAAAUCUCCUAUAAAGCUAAGUUCUAGGCAACUCCUAAUCGAGAAGUUGGAAAUAAACAUUGAAUUAGAUAAUUUAUUCAUUUACAAGAUUUUAUUUCAAAUAAUAUCAAGAAUAUUCAAAAUAAUUCAAGACCAACUUAUUAGUAAUGGGAAUUAUGAAAUAACUCCACCAAUUGGAAGCCCAGUGACAGACGAAUCGUCUUCUAUCUUUUCAGGAUCGUCAAGUAAUUCGUCGGAAUCUGCAGCACUGGAUGGAUAUUUGAGGCUAGUAAAAGAAACUCUAAGUAGAAUGAUACUUGGGAUAAUUGAGCCUUUUGUACAAUUAAUUUUAUCUGAAAUAGUUAACGGAAGUGUGGAAAAUGAGUUCUAUAAUUUGAUUAAAAGCCUAUAA